CCACAGAAGAAGUCAAGGCUUCUUCAAAUAAGAAGUGGGCAAGUUUUUUGUAACACAACCAAUGUUUUUAGAUUUGAAAUAAAGUGAAUUGCAUUUUAGGUAAUAAUAUUACAGGCUCCAGUCCAAGGUACAAGGUCCAGUAGGGUACAAUGGCAGAGUGGAACGCCUAUUAUCGGAAUGGUGAUGAUGACGAAGAUGAUGAUGAGACAGAAGAGGGGGAUGAGUCCGGAGGUGACUACAAGCACACAGGCAGGGACAGUUUGGUGUUCCUGGUUGAUGCCUCCAAGGAGAUGUUCAUCAAAGGGGAGGAUGGAGAGCCCUCUAACUUUGACAUGACCAUGCAGUGUGUGCGCAGUGUGUACACCAGUAAGAUCAUCAGCAGUGAUAAGGAUCUAGUGGCUCUGGUGUUCUAUGGGACAAAGCACAGCAAGAACCCCCAAAACACCUUCAAACAUGUGUAUGUCUACCACGACCUGGACUCACCUGGUGCCAAAUGGGUCCAGGAAGUGGAGAGCCUGCGUGGGGAGAAGGGAGCCCGCCUGGCAGCAGAGACCCUGGGCAGUGGGGACACCUCUCUGGGCGACGCCCUCUGGUGCUGCUCCAACCUCUACAGUGACAUCAAGCUCCGCCUCUCACACAAACGCCUCAUGAUCUUCACCUGCAGGGACGCGCCACACGGAAGUGACAGCAAGCUCGACCGGCAGGCACGCACCAAGGCUGGAGACCUGAAGGAGACGGGUGUGAUCAUUGACCUAAUGCACCUAAAGAAGUCUGAUGGGUUUGACGUGUCUCUCUUCUUCUGCGACAUUGUGAGUCCUCCGGAGGAUGAGAGUGAGCUGGGGCUGCAGCUGGAGGCUUGUGGGAAGCUAGAAGACCUCCAGAAGAGGGUCAGGGCAAAAGAGCAGAGGAAGAGAGCUCUGGCCAGGUUGAGUCUGACUCUGGGGGAGGGUAUGAAGGUAGCAGUGGGUGUGUACGUCAUGGCCCUUUCCGCUAAGAAACCUCCACCAAUCAGGCUCCACCGUGACACCAAUGAGCCAGCUAGGACCAAGACACGCCUCUACCACACCCAAACAGGCAGCCUACUGCUGCCCAGUGACACCAAGAAGGCCCAGGUUUAUGGGAACAAGCAGAUAGUGAUGGAGAAGGAUGAGCUGAUGUGGAUGAAGAAGUUUGAUGACCCGGGCUUGGUCCUGAUUGGGUUCAAACCUCUGGAUCGCCUGAAGCUGCACCACCACAUCCGGCCUGCUGUCUUCAUCUACCCUGAGGAGCAGCAGGUCACAGGAAGCGCAUGUGUGUUCACAGCAUUGCUGCAGAAGUGCAGCGAGAAAGGUGUGUUUGCUGUAUGUAGAUACACUUCUCGUCGCAACACCCCUCCUUGCUUUGUGGCACUGGUGCCCCAAAAAGAGCAAGUGGAUGAGGGCCAGGUCCAGAUGACCCCCCCAGGCUUCAAUGCCAUCUUCCUGCCUUUCGCUGAGGACGUGCGCACCCUGGACGUCCCCCAGAACCCUACAGCCUCUGACACACAGGUGGACAAGAUGAAGGACAUUGUGCACAAGCUGCGCUUCAGAUACAGGAGUGAUGCGUUUGAGAACCCGGUCCUCCAGCAGCACUACAGGAACCUGGAGGCCCUGGCUCUGGAUCUGAUGGCACCAGAACAUAUAGAGGACUUCACCUUGCCUAAGAUAGACAGCAUAGAUGAUCGUCUGGGUCCUCUGGUCCAGGACUUCAAGGAUCUGGUCUAUCCUGCUGACUACAAUCCUGGGGCUAAGACUGCAUCCAAGCGCAAACCAGCCGAGGCAGGGGGUGGAGCUGAGAAGAAGCCCAAGGUGGAGAUGUCCAAGGAGGAACUGCAGGAACUUGCACAGAAAGGCACUCUGGCUAAACUGACGGUGCCGGUAUUGAAGGACGCCUGUAAGCAGUUUGGUGUUCGAACCACCGGGACCAAAAAAAUGGAGCUGAUAGACGCACUGAUGGCCCAGCUGACCAAAUGAAGAGCUGUAGUUUUCAGGCCAGCCUCAGUGGGAAGUUCGUCGGUUGUCUUUGUGAUGGAAGAGGGGAGGCAAAAAUAUUAUUAAAGGGCACUUCUGUGGAAAGAAGUGGUUUCAAAGUUUUGAGGCGCAAAUUAAAAUGAAACUUUUGUACUAGUGUAUGGCUGUAACUUUAGAUGUUGUAAAAAACUA